CCGCCCACCUCCACCGUAGCUCUCCGCUGGCUUUCGUGCUUCAAGCGGCCGUCACCGAGGCUGGGCUGCGGCCGGAGAGACCCGGACAUAGAAGAGUUACAAUCGACCGUUUAGCCCAAACGUAGCAUCGCAACGGGGCUGAGGGGCUGCCCCGGCGAUUUUUUUUACACCUACAACAGCUUCUUGUCCCCACGCCUCUCCGUGUCGCCGCCACCCGUCCUCCUGAUGUCGGAUUUUAAGCUCGGGAUUGUGCGGCUCGGCCGUGUGGCCGGGAAGACAAAGUACACUCUGAUUGAUGAGCAGGACAUACCGCUUGUGGAAAACUAUGCCUUUGAGGCACGUAUGGAGGUAGAUGCCGAUGGCAAUGGAGCGAAGAUCUUCGCUUAUGCUUUUGACAUCGGCAAGGGCCGCUGGGCUGGAAGGCCGCUGCACGAGCUGCUCUGGGAGAAGCACAGAGGCGGCAUUGCCCCUAGUUUUCAAGUUAUUCACAUCAACUCGGUGACGGUCGACAACCGGCUAGACAACCUUCGACUGGUCCCGGUGGGCUGGAGCCCCAAACCAGAGGAGAUUUCCAGCAAGCAGAGAGAGCAGUCUCUGUACUGGCUGGCCAUCCAGCAGGUCCCGGCCGACCCGGUGGAGGAGCAGUACCUGGAGCUGAGCCGCACGCGCUACUACAACGCUAACGGGGAGCUGGUGGAGGAAGAGGAGUGCUCCUGCACCUACUACGAGUGUCAUUACCCUCCCUGUUCACUCAUCGAGAGGCGGCUGCGGGAGUUCAACAUCUGCGGCCGCUGCCAGGUGGCGCGCUACUGCGGCUCGCAGUGCCAGCAGAGGGACUGGCCCGCCCACAAGAAGCAGUGCCGCGAGCGCAAACGGGUGCUGGCCCUGGAGUCGGAGCCCGAACGAUGAUCAUCGGCCUUCGUCCGGGAGAGGAGGAGAAGGAGGAGGAGGGUAAAUGGAGAGGAAGGGUUAGAUUUGUGGGAGGGAAGCGGGGUAAAAAAAAUGUGAAAACGUGCUGACAAGAGACUGAUGACAGGACAAUGUUGACUGACAGAUCAGGGGGUAAGAACAUGGAGGAGGGGAAGGAGAUUCAAGCAAAGACAUCUGCCACUUCCCAGGACUCGUAAUUCUCCAUAGCUUGCUUUUCAUGUGGAUGGCGAGAAGAGCCUUUGUUUUUUUUUUGUUUUUUUCCCUCGAAGAGGGAGAACCUCGAGCUCAACCUGCUGCUACGGUUUUUGUAAGUUGAGAAGAAGUCGUCUCGUCGAACCGGACGCUUCUUUGGACCACGGUCGAACGGACCGCUCUCGUCAUCCACUUUUUUUCGUUCCUCCGCCCCGCCGCUGGGUGUCGCAAUGUCUGUGGGGGGGGACCUCGGGGCUACAGUACCUGCGCUCGGCCGGUACAAACAGGACACGGACCUUUUCACUGUAUCGCUCCCUCUCUGACCUCGCUGUGUUCACGGUCAUCGGCGCCUCAGCCACCUCCCCGUCUCGUUGUUACCCCCCCCCCCCCAUGGGAUCUCACCGAUCGGAUCACACUACCAGUAUUGAGUGUGUUUGUGUGAAUGCCUGCGGGUGUUUGUGUUCGUACUGCCAAUAUGUGCUGAAGGACAUUAAAAUGGUCAACGUGGCUUACGGGUCAAGGUUAGCGUACGUCUUCGCUCCCUAAAGGGGCAAUAUUACCCAUUUUAAAAAAAUGUCCUUUAUUUAAUCAAAAAUUGGUGGUUUAAAAUAUUUCUGCUGUUAUAAAUUAGCGCCAAAUAAAGGCUUAGUUUUGUACAAUACAGUUUAUUUGAUCAUAUUUUUUUAACUAUUUGUUUAGGCUUUAGUUUAAUUCUCCCACAGGUAUGUCAUUUCUCCUGUUUGCAUUAAGAGUCUGGUCUGGAUGCUACGUUAAAUAAAGCACUGAUGGCAGGAGAAACUGAUUUUUAUGUUCUCUUGACAAAUUAGGCUGACACACAAGGUGUAAGAAUUUUCAUUACCAAAGUAUCUCUUUGUAGCUCGACACUCCUGUGAACUGGUUUAAAUUCCUUCAGUCAGUCUAAAUUUCCUUCUUUUUUACCACCUGUCUCAUUUAUGUUGUUUUUUUUUACAGGUUUGUUGUAUGUGUGCUGGUCAGGGAGGGGUUUUUUGUGUGAGAGUAUGCUCUGUUUUUUUUUUUAAAGAAAUUAUAUCAAUGGAGCUAUAUUUAUUUAAAACAUUUGAUUGUGAAACAUGUUUUUGGUGAUUUUUGAAGGUUAACAUUAUUAAAAGGUUGGUCGUAUUGCAGGUUGAAAUAAGAUGGGGGAGGAGGUUACGAGCUGAACAUUUCUUCCCCCCCUCCCCCGGUAACUUGAUUUAUUUUAUUUUAUUUUUUGUACUUGAUCCUGAAUGAGUCCUCCUCACUGUUGGCCUUCCAGUUUUCCUAGAAAACGCUGCACACCAUCAUCGUCACUAAAAUCUUCCACGUGGAGGGUGUGGAUAACUUAAAUUUCCCACCAUAAAAAAUAUGUUAUUUUAUUUUUUUAAGUGCUGUCGACUCGAAUAACCUUUUUGGCAUUUGUUCCCUAAAACAAACAAACAAAAAAAAAGAGACAUUGUCAAUAUUACCCUCAUCACCUGCCUUUUUGUGUUUCCUGCACUGCACAUUGUUUUUCUUGUGUCUUAGGAGGAAUUCAUAAACUAGCAUGUGUCUGACAUCGUACAUGCGACGUGUUUUCUUCUGCGUGAACAGGUUUCAACGCUGCACUAAAAAAGAAAUUUGGUUCCCGUGUUCUUGUCAUCAAUAGGUUGCAGGGAGGGCUGUCGUUCUUUUGGACAGAGUGUACAGAUGUCUAAAAUGUUGUUUUCUAAGAAUAUAAGCAUUAAUCAUCUAGAAUUAAAGAGCUACGCUAUGUGAAUGGAGGUAUAUUUGGGAUGACAGUUGCUUUUCCAUUGUACAAUGAUAAUAAAAAGAAAUAAACCUCACAUUGUUGGAGUUGG